AUGUCGAUGCACGCCGCCGCCGCCGCCGCGGGGGCAAGAGUGAAGCGUCGGCUUGAGCCGACCAUGAUCUGUUUCUCUGAGGAGCCCGCGCUGGCCGAAGCCGGCUACCGGUUUGCGAUGCGCGUGACGUGCAACGUGAAGCAGUCGCUGGAGUUCCGCAGGAGCGGCCAGCGCCCGGACGUGCUCCGGGAGAAGUACAUCGGGGCCGGCAACGGUUCCACCACGACGUUCCCCGUCGGCGACCUCUCUGCGCUCCAGAGCGACAGCGCCUGCCGAGGGGCCGUCCGCUGUAUGCUGGCGGAGCUGCCGCAGCUCCGGUCGCUCCACCUCGCCGAUGGCGAGUGGGACUCCGUCGUGCCCGCAGACAUCGUGCGGCAGAUCGUCCGCGUGGCGCGCGGCGACGACGCCAACGACGGCUUCACCUUCUGCUUCGCGAUGAAGGUGCACCUCCGGAUCAUAUACAACAAUAAGGCUCUCCUAAUGGCCUGCAAUGAGAGGGAGCCGGGCAGCGAUGGCAUCGAGACGGACGACGACUGCCCGAUCUGCCUGGAUAGCCUGGAGGGAGAGCCCGCCGUGGAGCUGCCUCACUGCAAGCACGCGUUCCACCGCGGGUCCAUUUCCACGUGGUUCUGCAACAAGACGACGUGCCCCUUGUGCGUGGGCGACGUGAGGCCCUGUGUCCUGCCGGAGUUUCCGGACCUGUAG